UGUGACAGUUCAUUCUUGCCAAUUGGUAAUUGUUUGGUUAUUUGAAACUGGUGUAUUUUACACGUGGGGGACAAUUUUAGGAAAUGUCUAUUUUACCCAAUACUUUUAACUUAUUUGAAUAGCGCUUAAAGUGAUUUUCCUAUAGUUUAUAAGUUUAUCGCAAAAUACACCUAUUAAAACAUGCAGAAAAUAAAAAGAAAAAGUGAUGGUGACCAGUCUUCGCCUUCUAAAAAGAAGAAAAUUCUAAACGAUACUAACAAAAACACAAAGCCUAAUUCUGAAGGACCAAAUAAGAAAAAUAUAAACGAUAAGAGAAACUUUAGAAAUGAUGGCAAAAGCGGUAAGACUUUUAAUAAGUUUGGAGGUAAAGAUAAAACCUUUGGCAAACCUGGCUUUAAAGGAACAUCGGAUAAAAAAGACCAAAGCAGCGGCGAAAAACCUAAAUGGUCAGAAAUGAAAAAAGAAAAGAAACAACUGAGAAUAGUAAGACGCAAAGCAAAGGCCACAGCUGAAGUAUUUGAAAUAUCACAUAAAGCAAAGCUACUUGCAGCACAAAUACAAAGAAAAGUUGUGAAACCUGAUUUCCGUUUAAAGUCAUGUAAAGAGUUGCACUGUAUUUUAAAAGGACAGUAUAAAGCAAUUGCUCUGACGCAUGAUUUGAGCAGAGUAAUUCAAGUCUUGCUAAAGCAUAGUCCAGAAGAUGUAAAGAAUGAAAUAACUGAAGAACUUCUGGAUAUCAUGGUGCAAAUGGUUCAAUCCAAGUAUGGCCAGCAUGCUGUCAAGAGAAUCCUUAAAUAUGGCACUGAUUUUAUACGACAUGAAGUGAUCAAAAAGUUCUUUGGCCACAUUGUGUCAUUGGCAACUCAUACAAUAAGUGCUCCAGUACUUGAUUACGCUUAUGGUGAAUUUGCCACUAAGAAAGAAAAAAUGUAUAUGCAACAGGAAUUUUAUGGUGACAUAUAUAAAAAUUCAAAGGAUGAUAAAAUAAAAACUCUGGCUGAUGCUUAUAAGGACACCCAAGGAAUGAAGCCAGCCAUUCUUCAGUCAUGCAAGGCGAAUAUUCAACGAAUUCUUGAUAAGAAUUUACAUGAUGGAGAGUUAUUCCAUUCUGUGUUGUAUGACUACAUCAGAGAGUGUAGCACUGAAGACCGUACUGAGAUGAUCUCCACUCUUAGUUCAUUAAUUGUCCCUCUCAGCAACUCAUUACCAGGAGUGAAUGCGGCUAGCAUGUGUAUAUGGCAAGGCACUAAUAAAGAUAAAAAAACAAUAUUAAAAGUGGUAAAAGAACAUGUCAUACCUCUAUGUAAACAUAAGACUGGCUACCGUCUUCUCAUUGCCAUAUUUGACUCAGUGGAUGAUACGGUUCUUGUUAAAAAGGCAAUUGUUACAACUAUAGCUGCCAACUUAAAGGAUGUAGUCAAAGAUCAUUGGGGCAAUAUGGUGGUACAUUGGCUUGUUAAACCUAAAGAUUCAGCGGCAUUUCAUCCAACAUUUAUAAAAUUUUUGGAAGAGGGCGCUAAAAGUGGCACAUCUAAGAAAGACGCAGAACUGCGUAUCAGCGAGCUGAGAGAAGCUGUACUUCCUCCUCUAAAGCAAGAUCUUGAAUCUGAUCCACAAUUUUGGCUCAGCAGCAAAACUAAUAUGCUAUUAGCCAUAGCUGUAUUGUCAACAGGAACUUCAAAGGAUAUAUUGGAAGGGUUAGCGAAAGCUAUUUGCAGUCCAGAGUGGCGUAUUAAGACUGAGGGAAAAGAUUUAUUAGCAGUAGAGGAUGCUGGUAUACACAUGUGCCUUAAAAAAUUGGCUGCACUAGACAAAGGCAAGGAUGACUGCUCCCUGGGAGAGGCUGUUGCAGACCAUUUAGAUGAUGAUACAAUCAAAGUUUGGCUGCUGACCAAUAGAGGAUGUUUCUUCCUUUUAAAACUUAUUGAGAGCAAUAAUGAAAAUGUAGCGACUAAACUGAGUAAGAAAAUAAAAGCGCACUCUAACUUAUUGAAGAAACAAACAUCGCAAGGUGCCAAGAUUCUGCUACAAAAUGUUGAGAAAUAAAAUAAAGAUUAAAAUACAUUUAAAACAAACUUUCA